GAAGAAAUGUAAGGACCUUGAAGAUGAACUUGAAGCUAUGAAUAGAAGCCUAAACUCUGUGAAAGCCGAUAAAAAGAACUCGGUUUUCCAACUUCAGGGCGUCCAGAGAGAGAAAACGAGGUUGAUGAGAGAGAAAACAGAACUGACCGGUGGUUCUAUAAAAAGCGAGCAAGCUGCAAACGCCAAAGGUAAAGGUAAAGACCAAGGAAACACUGGCUCUUUGGCUUCCACAUUGGUUGAAACCUCCGAAGGACCCCAAAUAACGAAAGAAAUGGAGCUCAUGAUAAAAGGCGCCAAUGAAAAAGUCAAAAAAAUGGACGAACAGCAAAAUAACUUAAAAGAUUUUGUGGUGAAAGAGCUGGAAAAGUUAAAAAGCAUGCUAAAACAGCUGGCAGAAUGUUAUCAUUUGAUGAGAGGUGGAGGAACGAACCUUGGUGCUGAAAUCGAAGAAGUUCGAGCUCUUUACCGAAAGGAAAUGUUACAAAGGAAACUGCUCUACAACCAGUUACAAGAGUUGCGAGGAAACAUUCGUGUGUUCUGCCGAAUCAAACCCGACAAGUCGAGUUGCUUGACCGUCUCGGACGAAUCGAUUUCAUUACUGAAUGUGCACGGGAAGAAAAUGGAGUUUGAAUUCGAUAAGGUUUACGACCAGUAUGUUACGCAGAGUGAUAUUUUUGAGAAUACCAAACCGAUCAUUACGUCUGCUGUUGAUGGCUACAACGUGUGUAUUAUUGCUUACGGUCAGACUGGCUCAGGAAAAACUUUCACGAUGAUGGGCCCAGAAAAAGAUCCCGGAGUCAAUCUGAGGGCGGUGCAGGAACUAUUCAGAGUAGCUCGAGAGAAGGUCAAAGUCACGUUCAAAAUAACAGCGCAGAUGCUUGAAGUCUACAAUGAGCAGGUAAAAGACCUGCUUCGAGACCCCAGGGACCCAAACCCGGUAGAAAUCAUCAUCCGUUUCAUGGGCAAAACUGUCAAAGUCGAAAACGCCGUCGAAAUUGAAAUCACAGCUCCUGAUGAUGUGAAGAAAAUGAUCAAACGAGGCGAAGUAAAUAGACACACAGCUCAAACCAACAUGAACACAAAUAGUUCCAGGUCCCACUUGUUGCUGAAGAUCAAUGUUGAAAUUACCGAUAAAGUCACUGGAGGUCGAACUGUGGGAAGUUUGACCCUUGUUGACCUCGCGGGAUCGGAGAAAAUAGCAAAGAGCGGAGCUGAAGGUUGGACGCUUAUUGAAGCCGCGGCUAUUAAUAAAUCGCUGAGUUCACUUGGUCAAGUUUUUUCAGCUCUUAGAUGCAAAUCUGUUCACGUGCCCUACAGAAAUUCGAAACUUACCCAACUUCUACAACCGUCGCUAGGGGGCGACGCGAAAGCAUGCAUUUUUGUAAAUUGCAGCCCGCUUGACGAUAACUCGUCGGAAACUUUGAGCACGCUUGAGUUUGGCCAAAAAGCGAGACAGAUUAAAAUGGGCAAAGCUCGUCAGAAUAUCGUCGCCGGACCCAGAAAACCAUGGUGGGCCUCGAACAGCCGACCUUUCGAUUGAGAGGCGGAGACGUAACCACUUCUCCAUCGCUCCCCUAAUUUUUCAUCAGUAAAACGUU